AUGAUUUCUAAGGUUAUAUUUAUAGCUGCAAUUUUUACUGUGGCAGCAGCACAACACUGGCAUGAGCAUAAAAUUGCGCAUUCAUCCCAACAUAUCUCGCGCCACGAUGGCCCUGCUGUAAAGGUAACGAUACACGCCCAUAAACAUGAACAUGGACAUGAUCACUGGCACGAGCAGAAACAUGAAGAGCACGGACAUAAGCACUGGCAUGAACAAGUCCAUGAGCAUAAGCAUGAGCAUAGCCAUGAGCAUAAGCACUGGCAUGAACUGAAACAUGAGCAUAGCCACGAAGAUAGCCAUGAGCACGAGCAUAAACAUGAGCAUGAACACGAGCAAAGCCAUGAGCAUAAAAAUGAGCACAAGCACGAGCACAAACAUGAACCAGCGCACUCCUCGCAGCACAUUUCUAAGCACGAUGGACACGCGGAGGUAGUUACUAUCAAGGAUCAUCAUGGGCACGAAAAACACGUCGAUUACUACACACGCCCCAAGUACGAGUUUAAGUACGAGGUGGAGGACAAGCACACGGGCGACCACAAGACGCAGCACGAGCACCGCGACGGCGACGUCGUCAAGGGCUUCUACAGCCUGCACGAGCCCGACGGCUCCGUCAGGGACGUGCACUACCAUAGUGACAAAAAGACUGGGUGA